GAACGCUCGUCAGAGAUGCGUUCGUGUGACAGGAUAGGCUACUUUCCGAUCGAUGCGUCAUAGUAGUUCUCAGCAGUAUCACUUUUGGCGCGAUUCUGGAGAUUGAAUUUUGACAUCGGCGAUGUAAGUGUCCAGUUAUUAGAACAGAGGACUGCACUUAAGUGGCAUCUGCUCGGCGUAGCUGGUAAAUAAUGUUAGGUCACCUGUGCGGGCAGGCAGGUGGUCUCCAAAAAUAUGCGUAGACAGUCGGUUUGAGAAAGAACAAUUGACUCAAAACUACAACACACACUUACAUACACGGACAGGAUGGCAAAAGAGACUCGAGUGCCCACUCGAAAACAUAGCGCCCCCCACUGGAGACUCCAGAACAUUGCCCAGGAAUCUGUUGAAAGCUCUGACGAAGAGUUUUUUGAUGCCCGGGAUGUUAUGGAGGGGAAGACAGCAUUACUUCUGGAAAUGAGCCAGUGGAACUCCAAUGACCUGGUGGAGCAGAUUGAAACACUGGGACACCUGGAGCACUCCAGAGAGAGCCUGUACAGGUUGCGGCACCCUCGAUGUGCGCCACAGAGCAGUGUGGAUGGUUUGGAAGACAUAGAGAGAAAGUGCAGGACACAAUUACUCAUCCUGGUGAUUCAUGGAGGUCAUACCUUGGAUUCUGGAGGUGCGGACCCUGAAGGAAAGGCAGGUGACGCUUCCACUUUGGCGUCCGUGUUGGAGCGGGUGGCACAUGCGCACUUUCAGGCAGCAGCAGACAGCAUGCUGGUCAGACUGGUGCCCUGCCCGGCCGUGUGUGCUGAUGCCUUCUCUCUGGUCUCAAAUCUGAAUCCAUACAGCUAUGACGAAAACUGGGUGUCCAGCAGUGUGGAUCACUUACCGCUGGCUGCUCUUCCCAUCCUGUCCAUCGCUGCCCCUCAUUACCAGAAUGCUGUAGCAGCAGUCAUUGCUCAGGCCAAUCAAGUUUACCGAAACUUCCUUCUGUCAGCAGAGGGUGUGGGUUUCACAGGACAGGUGUGCCUGGUGGCAGACUGUGUUGGUGGAGUUCUUUGUUUUGACGCCUUGUGUUUCAGUGGUGACAAGCAACACAGAAGCCCUGAGGGUGGCAGCACAAACAACAGUACAGAGAGUCUAAAGGAAAAGCCAGGUGUCUCUCUCUCUCUGAGCCCCACUCUCCGAGGCAGCAAGCGUCUGAGUAAAAGCAACAUUGAUGUGUCAACUCCAUGUGAUGUGCUGUCUGGAGUCCGCCAUCCACUCAUCCGUAAGCAAAGUGACUCGUGUGAUGCAGACGUGGCCAGUGGUCAGCAUGAGGUCUUUAUCAGCAGUCAGAUGCAGGACGAUCAGUGUGGCUCCAGGCAGGCUCUCAAUCCAGGCUGCUUUGAGUUUGAAGUGUCAGACUGCUUUCUGCUGGGAUGCCCACUGGGGCUGGUGCUAGCAAUGAGGAGAACAGUGUUACCUGCCAUUGAUGUGGCUCAGCUCCAGCCAGCAUGUUCUCAGAUUUUUAAUCUCUUCUACCCAUCGGACCCUUCUGCCUCACGUUUGGAACCUUUGCUGCAUCCAGUUCUCACACAACUGCCUCCCUUUCCUGUUCCCCGUUACCAGCGAUACCCUCUGGGUGACGGACGCUCCAAUCUCAUGGCAGACACCAUGCUCAGACACUUGUCAGACAGCAGUGUUUCUGUAGACAGACCCUCAGAGCAGUGCUGUGGAGGAAGUGUAUCCCGCCGGAGCAGCGAUCGAGUUAUUCUUCUUGGUACCGCCCACUCUGGCACUGAUGCUAAGAGGCCUGAAACUACCCCUAGCGAGUCUGUUAGCAUCUCGCACAUAUGUAGCAGGUGGUGGGGGUUGAAGCGGUUAGAUUAUGUGCUGUACUGUCCAGAUGUGCUCACCACCUUUCCCACUAUAGCACUGCCUCACCUUUUCCAUGCAUCAUACUGGGAGUCCACGGAUGCUGUGGCUUUUAUUCUUAGACAGGUAAUGCGAUGUGACUGUCUGAAAGCUGGGGAAGCAGAUUGUUCAGAUGCUAUUUCCAUCUCUCCAUCCAGCCCCCGCGAGAAGUGGCUUCGCAGACGGACACAUGUCAAACUACGGAAUGUAACGGCGAAUCACAGAGUUCAUGAUGUCAUCAUGACAGAAGAUGGCCCGCAGACGCUGGUGGGGCGGUUUAUGUAUGGCCCUCUUGACAUGGUGACUCUAACGGGAGAGAAGGUGGAUGUGUUUUUAAAGACCCAGCCUGCCUCUGGUCGCUGGGUGCUGUUUGACACCGCGGUAACCAGCAGCAGUGGACGGGUGUCCUACACUAUCCCUGAUAAUAAAAGACUAGGGGUAGGUGUCUACCCCAUCAAAAUGGUGGUCAAAGGUGAUCAAACAAGUGCAGAGGCAUUCCUCACAGUGUUGCCAUGGGGAAUGGAGUGUGUGGUGUUUAGUAUUGAUGGUUCCUUUGCUGCCAGUGUUUCCCUUAUGGGCAGUGAUCCCAAAGUCCGCCCUGGAGCUGUGGAUGUGGUCAGACACUGGCAGGAUCUUGGGUAUCUGAUCAUCUACAUUACUGGCCGUCCUGACAUGCAGAAGCAGAGGGUCGUGUCCUGGCUCUCUCAGCACAACUUUCCUCAGGGAAUGGUCUUCUUCUCAGAAGGACUCGUCCAUGACCCCUUGCGUCAGAAGACCAUUUUUCUGAAGAGUCUAGUAAAAGAGUGUCACAUUAAGAUCAGUGCAGCGUAUGGUUCUAUGAAGGACAUGUCUGUGUACAGCACAUUGGGGCUGGCAGCUAAUCAGAUAAACAUUGUGGGCAGGCCAUCCAAGAAACAUCAGCAUCAGUGCCAGUUUCUGAGUGAAGGCUAUGCAGCUCACCUCUCCACUCUUGAGUUUGAGCACGGAUCACGCUCCAAAAAGAACAGAAUGGUGCUUCGUCAGGGAUCUUUUGGCCUUUCCUCCAAAACGGACUUCCUAUCUCCGUCCCCAGACUUCCUAUCCUGCAAACGCACUCCACUGCUGCGUAGAGCCAUGUCUGUUCAGCAGCCAUCACCACCCUCAUCAUCUGUCUCCACCCCCAAACCUGAGCGUGCUCAGAGCCAACCUGAAUCUCAUAAAGACAGACCAGAGAUUCGCAUCCAGACCGAUGAUCAAGAUGAAGAGGAGGAGGAAGAGGAGGGGAGAAUACAGGAUAUUGUACUUUAAAGGAACUCCACGAGUGGGGAAAGGCACGCGCAGAAGUAUUUCAUUUUCAAUUCAUCAAAAUCUCAUCUCAAACCAGAAGAACUGUUCAUCUGAUAUGCUAACUCAGUCGAUGGGCUCCAUGGUAGACACAACUGGCUGAGCUGUGAGCAUUUGCAAAUUACCUCCAAAACAAACAAUCCCCUUAUAGUCUGAGACCAGCAACAUUAAAACAUUUGCUGAUAGAAAGAGCCCUAGAACAGAUGUGAACAUUCAAGACUAGACACUGAACACUUUAACAACCCCCAUGUGAAUCCUACAGAAGACUGAUGGAAAGAGGAACAUGGAGGUGUCAUAACUGAGACAAGCACAGAAGUAUGACAGAGAGCAGUUAUAGAAGGUUGUGUCAGGGUCAUCUUUUAUUGAGUUUCCUGCUUUGCCAGAAGACUCAUUUCAUGUGUGGCAAAGGUUUUCUGCAGACUCCUGUAAUGGUCUUUUGAAAAGGUAACCAUGGACAUGAGCACCUGAACUGCAUUUAUUUAUAGCAGUCCUCCAACCUGAGGCUUUGUGUUCUUUACGGCUUUUUGGUGACCCAAACAUUCAGAAGACCCUCUUUUUUUCUAGCUGUAAGGUAAAAGGAGCUUAGAUUUUUUUUUUUUUUUUUUUUUAAAUGGACAUCACCAGCAUUCCUACUGACACACACACACACACACACACACACACACACACACACACACACAUAUAUAUAUAUAUAUAUAUAUAUAUAUAUAUAUAUAUAUAUAUAUAUAUAUAUAUAUAUACACACACAUACACAUAUAUAUACAGUAGUCAACAUUUGAAGUGGAUCAGAACUUUCAUCAAAGUUGUCCUAAAACCAAAACAAUACCCAUUAUUGUCUUAGGACAACUUUGAUUGAUUAACUUUUUUUGAUCCACUUCAAAGGUUGACUACUGUAGAUUUGGACUCCUGCCUGCAUGUUUUGCUGAACCCUAAUUUUUAUUUCUUUUUUUUUUGUCAAAAUGCUGCUGCAUGCUCACUCAUACUCAUACAUUAUGUGAAGACUAUAGCUCUAGUGUUCAUCUAGGGUGCAGUAUGUGCUAAUAGAUUACGUGUUGACAGUAUUUAAACAUGUUCUGCUGUGGUUUGACGUCUGUGACAUUUUUAAAGAGAAUCUGUGAAUAUGACUGUAUCGCACAAAAACUGUAUAUAAUUGUGUACGUUUUUCUUAGUGUUAAUGGAUGUUAAUAAA